UGGAAUUUUGGGCUGAAACUUUAAACCCAUUUAUUGCAUCUGGCAUCACCACUUCAAGCUCUGUUUCUCCACCCCAUCAAAACCCCUAAUUCCCAAUUCCAGUUCCAUCUGAUUCACUCUGCAAGGGUUAAGGAUUAUUCUCAGAAAUGGCGUUCGCUUCAAAUUUCCGUCGAGUUAUUAGCAAUGGGUUAACGAGGACUUCAUUAUUAUCACAAGUUCGUGACAAUUCAACCUUGACAACCCCUAGACUUUUCGUCAGUGGUCUUUCUAGGAUGACCACAGACGAAAAGCUAAAAGAAGCAUUUUCCCCAUUUGGUCAGCUUCUUGAAGCAAAUGUCAUAACAGAUAGAGCAUCAGGAAGGUCAAAGGGGUUUGGUUUUGUCAGAUAUGCAACUAUAGAAGAUGCGGAAAGGGCUCAACAAGGGAUGAACGCAAAGUACUUGGAUGGUUGGGUUAUUUUUGUUGAUCCUGCGAAACCAAGAGAACCAAGACCAUGACCUCAGCCCGAGCCUGAGCCUUCUGAAACUGUUUUCAGGGUAAACAAGACAGUUGGAUGGUGUGGUAAUUAGUUAGCAGGAUGGAUCGCUUUAUACAUAUUUACUAAAGCACUUUUUUUAUCUUCACUGUUGUUUUUUUUUUUUUUACUAUCUGCGUGGGAAUCCAACAAGCCGUCCAUAUAUCAAUCCAAAUCUUUGGGUUCACGCCAGCUUUCAUCUCAGCUGAAGUGUUGUUUUUUUGCUUGAUUCAGCGUUCUGCUGUUGAACAGAAAUUCGUAGGGAAGAUGCUGCUGUCGUUCUAAUUGUUUUUUUUACCAAGCCGAGAAACCAAGGCUACUUAUGGUAGAAUUCUGUCACAGGAUAGCUGUUGGGCAUAAAGGAUCCAAGUAGAUCAAAAUUGUCAGUCCUCAGGAACUUUUCUAAUUAUUCAAGCAAUUUACACAUGCAUUUUUACUGCUGUUAA